GGCGGAGGGCGGCGGGCCUCGCUCAUUUCAUUUCAUUUCAUUUCUGCCCGGUUUGGGGGUCCUCCCUUCGUCAGCCCCCCCGCCCGCCGGGCGCGGAGCCCAGGGAAGCCGAGCGGCGGCCAUGCGGGGCCGCCACCGGCCGAGCGGGGCCGUGUCCCGUCCCCGCCUCCCCGUCUUGGUCGUCCUGGCGGUGGCCUGCUCGCUGCCGCGGGUCCCGGCCCGCCUGCCGCCCCAGCGACCCCGACCCCCGCACGAUAAACUUGAUUCCAUGCUCUCAGACUAUGAUAUCCUUUCUCUGUCAAACAUCCAGCAGCACUCAUUAAGAAAAAGAGAUCUACAGGCACAGUCACAUAGAGAAAGACUCCUGAGUUUUUCAGCCUUGCAUAGGCACUUUAAAUUAUACCUAACAUCAAAUGCUGAACGUUUUUCGCAAAAUUUCAAAGUGUUGGUAGUGGAUGGAGAAAAAGAGACCGAAUAUCCUGUAAAAAGGCAAGACUUCUUCACCGGACACGUAGUUGGUGAGCAUGAUUCCAGGGUUCUGGCACAUAUAGGUGAUGGUGACUUCACAGUAAGAAUCAACACUGACGGGGAAGAAUAUAACAUAGAGCCACUUUGGAGAUUCAUUAAUAAUACUUGGGACAAGAGAAUGUUGGUUUAUAGGUCUGAAGAUAUCAAGAAUGUUUCACGUUUGCAAUCUCCAAAAGUGUGUGGUUAUUUGAAUAUUGAGGAGGAAGAGCUGCUACCUAAAGGCCUAGAAGACCGAGAGCUAAAUAGAGUGCAUGUGCAUCGGGAGAAGAGAGCUGUUCCGGAUCCUCUGAAGAAUACAUGCAAGUUGUUGGUAGUUGCAGACCAUCGUUUUUACAAGUACAUGGGUAGAGGGGAAGAGAGCACAACUACAAAUUACUUAAUAGAGUUAAUUGACAGAGUUGAUGACAUCUACCGUAAUACGUCCUGGGAUAAUGCAGGUUUUAAAGGUUAUGGAAUCCAGAUAGAACAGAUUCGCAUUUUGAAGGAGCCUGAAAAGGUAAAACCUGGUGAAAAACACUUUAAUAUGGCUAAAAGUUACCCCAGUGAAGAGAAGGAUGCUUGGGAUGUGAAGAUGUUACUGGAGCAAUUCAGUUUCGACAUAGCCGAGGAAGCUUCUAAAGUCUGCCUCGCUCAUCUUUUCACGUACCAAGACUUUGAUAUGGGAACUCUUGGAUUAGCUUAUGUUGGAUCUCCGCGGCCAAACAGUCACGGAGGUGUUUGUCCGAAGGCUUAUUAUAGCCCAUCUGGAAAAAAACACAUUUAUCUGAACAGCGGUUUGACAAGCACAAAAAAUUAUGGCAAAACCAUCCUUACAAAGGAAGCUGAUUUGGUGACUACUCAUGAAUUGGGACACAACUUUGGAGCAGAACAUGAUCCUGAUAUUAGAACUGAUUGUGUUCCAAAUGAAGAUCAAGGAGGAAAAUAUGUCAUGUAUCCAAUAGCUGUAAGCGGAGAUCAUGAGAACAAUAAGAUGUUUUCAAACUGCAGUAAGGAUUCCAUCUUCAAGACCAUCGAGACUAAAGCUCGGGAGUGUUUCCAAGAGCGCAGCAACAAGGUGUGUGGGAACUCUAGGGUGGAUGAGGGAGAAGAGUGUGACCCUGGCAUCAUGAACCUCAACAGCGAUCCCUGCUGCAGCAGCAGUUGCAUGCUGAAAACAGGAGUGCAGUGCAGUGAUCGGAACAGUCCUUGUUGUAAGAACUGUCAAUUUGAGACUGCCCAGAAAAAAUGCCAGGAGGCGAUCAAUGCGACCUGCAAAGGACAGUCUUACUGCACUGGGAACAGCAGUGAAUGUCCCCCUCCUGGAAAUGCCGCAGAUGAUACCGUAUGUUUGGACCUGGGGAAGUGCAAAGAUGGUGUUUGCAUUCCUUUCUGUGAGAGAGAGAAGAAUCUCCAAUCCUGUGCAUGCAACGAAACCGACAACUCUUGCAAAGUCUGCUGCCGGGAUCUUUCUGGUAAAUGUGCUCCUUAUGUUGAUGCUGACCAGAAGAACCUAUUUUUGAGGAAAGGGAAACCCUGUACUGUAGGAUUCUGUGACAUGAAUGGUAAAUGUGAGAAGCGAAUCCAGGAUGUGAUUGAGCGAUUCUGGGAUUUUAUUGACCAACUUAGCAUCAAUACAUUUGGGAAGUUCUUAGCGGACAACAUAGUUGGUUCGGUACUGGUUUUCUCCUUGAUAUUUUGGAUUCCCUUCAGUAUCCUUGUCCACUGUGUGGACAAGAAAUUGGAUAAACAAUAUGAGGAGAACACAAAAUCUUUAUCUUUGUUCCACCCUAGUAACGUCGAGAUGCUGAGCAGCAUGGAUUCGGCGUCGGUUCGCAUCGUCAAGCCAUUUCCUGCCCCUCAGCCCCCCGGGAGGCCUCAGUCUCUGCCAUCCACUCCAGCCGUGUCCUCGGCAGGGGCCGCGGCGCCCAGGGGAGACCACCAGAGGAUGGACACCAUUCAGGAAGACCCCAGUACUGACUCUCACGUCGACGAAGAUGCUUUUGAGAAGGACCCUUUCCCAAAUAGCAGUUCGGCUGCAAAAUCUUUUGAGGAUCUCACAGACCAUCCUGUAACUAGAAGCGAGAAGGCAGCCUCCUUCAAAUUACAGCGCCAGAAUCGGGUCGACAGUAAAGAAACAGAGUGUUAGCCUUUGCCUUCUUUGAAGCUCUUCUGCCUCAAAUGUGUAGAGUUAGUUUUGUGUAGAUUUUUGCCUUCAAAUCAUGGCCUCUGUAUACUUGGGAGGGGAAUGGAAAAGGAAGUGGCUUCUUGCAGAUGCUGGUCAUGUGUAUAUAACCUUCCUUCACUGAAAUCAAUCUCGUGUGAUGCGUCAAAAGUCGACAGUAAAUGGAGGCCGAAUGAAAUCGGCUUAUUUUGAAGCUUUUGGUUUUGAUAUAGUUUAUCUAGUUUUUGAUCUCUAAAAUUGACUUCAACCUGUGGUGCAAAGUCAGCAAAUUAACCUGGAUGCUCAAUUCUGUUUAUUCACAGUUUUUUAUAUAAAUUAACUUGUAAUAAGGGUAACAGCACUGAAUAGAAGUGACUUUUUUUUAAUACAGACACUGUAAUGAUUCUCAGAUGGAGGCCUUUAGCACGUCUUCUCAAAGGCCUCAGGAAAAGCAUGAAUUGUUUUCGAUAGCAGUGGUGAGGUAAAAUAUUCAGGGACAAGUCUAAUCGUGCGUUCCGGUUGCUUGUGCAACCGGGUGCCCUGUAUCUAUCCGGUGUAGAAAAAUAUGGCUUCAGAUGGAGCUAGAGCUACUGCGGGUUUGUCUCGACCACACCAAGAAAACAUUUGAGAAUCCACCGGAACUGAGACCCUCAUCGUCUUCCGGGUCACGGAAGGGAAAAGAAACACGGCUCAAUGAUCUGGGGUCUUAAAUUCUGUCAACUUUUGAAAUGGUUUCAAUUCACUUUGGUGUGGUCUGCUGUGUUUUAAAUAUGAAUUUCAUAUGUGCCUCACACUUGCCAAGAAUUAGAUAAACCACUUACUUUAAGGCCUUCAGCCCAUUGCUGACAGUGGUGGUGGCCGCAGCGGAGUGGCUUGUGUUGUUUCAGACUGUAUCCCAAGCCCCAGGUUAGUUUCACUUGUUUUUUAAAACAGGAGGGGGUGAGGAGAGAAGCCAUUGUUCAUUAGAUCAAAGAGAAUUGGUUUAAUUUAAAAUGUCUCUGUGAGCCCCUCGAGCAGUCACAGUGCAACUUGGCAGCAGGCCCUUGGUAGUUGUUUAUAUGCCACAGUUGCUGCUUGAAAGUUUUUUGGCUUCUGGCAACUGGGUGCAUGUUGGACUUUCUUCCAUGUAGUCAGUAUUUACUAUGUGAAAGUUGUUCAUAUUCCUUUAGAAUUAAAUCUUUGUAAGUUACUGACUGAAAAGAACAGUGCUCACCAGCCAGGAAACUCUUAGUUCCGAAACACCUUGUAUUUUUACAGUUUGAAGGCAUCCUCCAAACCUGUGAUAGAGAAUUGUAUUUUUCAAGAUUUGUUUCACGGAUAGUUGUUACACUAAUACUUGAACAUGUGCCUUAUGACACUGCUCUCUUUAACCAGUCAUGUUAUAUUUCAGUUGUUGUUUUUCUAAUUUGAUGUGCGUUUGUAUGUGUGUGUGUGUGUGUGUGUGUGUAUAUAUAUAUAUGGAAGGUGUGUGAGAGAGAACCAUAAUUUCCAAUAAGUUGUAAUAAAAACUUUUUUAAAUAGAA